AUGAGCGAACCAACUGACAAAGAUUUCGCUGACAACGGCAAUGUCUCAUCCACCGGCACAGAACCUGGCCGAAUUAUGACCCACGAGGAGCGCGAAGUGGCCCAGGCCGCUGCUCGCUUUGGCUAUGGUCCUCUCGCCCAGGUCUCAACCACCGCUGAGCGUCUCCCGGCCUUUGGUGGCGAAUUCCAGCCCGGUCUCUAUCGUUCUGUCGAACAACGCAAGUUCGCCAAUCCUGCCCCCAUGGGCUUGGCUUCUUUCGCUCUCACAACAUUCCUCCUCAGCUUGAUCAAUCUGCAGACGCGGGGGGUAACAACGCCAAACAUUGUGGUUGCUUCUGCAUACGGAUAUGGCGGUUUGGUUCAAUUACUGGCUGGGAUGUGGGAGAUGGCAGUUGGCAAUACUUUCGGUGCCACUGCGCUUUCAUCAUAUGGUGGCUUUUGGAUCACCUAUGGAAUCAUGUUCACCCCUGGUGGAUUCGAAAUCGUCAAGGAAAUGACGGAGAAGAACGGAGUCGCUGGUCUCCAGACUGCAGUGGGAUUGUGGCUUUUUGGUUGGUGGAUAUUUACUACAAUCCUCCUGCUUUGCACGCUUAAGUCAACGGUCGUAUUCUUCCUCCUCUUCCUUACUGUCGACCUUGCCUUUUUAAUGCUUGCACUCGGCCACAUUUUCCUGGGAUCUGAGUCUUUGCCUAACACUACUCUUGUCAAAGCUGGCGGUGGAUUCGGAGUUAUUGCAUCGUUCCUGGCGUGGUACAGUGCCCUGGCGGGUCUUGCUGAUACCAGCAACAGCUUCUUCAUCAUUCCGGUUGCGCAUUUCCCGUGGUCGGCUAAAGCAUUAGAGCGCCGGAAGAUCAAUCACGAAGCCGUCUAG